AUGCACACCUAUGAGACCCACCUCCGGUCCUGCGGGUACACCGGAGCACUUCCCUACUGGUCCUGGCCCCUCGACCUCUCCUCCGUCCGUUUCUCCCCUUUAUUCGACGGCUCCGACACCUCCAUCGGCAGCGACGGCAUCCCCACCCCCCACGAAGGCAUGAAGCUCAACUGGCCUGGCACCACCCCCUCAGGCGAGUCCUUCGUUCACAUCUCCCCCGGCUCCGGGGGCAAGUGUAUCCAAUCCGGCCCCUUCGCCAACGCAACCGUCAACUUUGGCCCUUACGGUGAAACGGGGAGCCUGUCUUCCCCUGACCCUACCGCCGCGGGGCAGGCGAGGGGUAUCAAGCGUGAUCUUAACGGAGAUCCCGGUAGAAGGUGGUCAACCUUUCGUAACAUCACCGAGUUGAUCUUGGAGAGCAAGAACAUCGAAUGGUUCCAAGGUGUCCUCCAAGGAAUGACUCAAUACACCGGCGGCGCGGCAAGUCUGGGUGUUCACGGGGCGGGUCAUUACAUGAUUGGGGGUGACCCGGGCUCAGACGCCUGGAUUACGCCUGGGGAUCCGGCGUUUUAUUUUCAUCAUGGGGGGGUUGAUCGGGUUUGGUGGUUAUGGCAGAUGUUGGAUUUGGAUGGGGGACGGAAGGAUGUUUUUGGGACGAAUACCAUGAUGAAUAAUCCGCCUAGUGGGGAGACUACGGUGGAGGAUUGGCUUGAUAUGGGGCCGUUGGCGGAGAGGGUGAGGAUAAAAGAGGUGAUGAAUAGUUUGGGGGGGGAGUUGUGUUAUGUUUAUAUUUGA